UCCCUCUCCCUCUCCCUCUCCCUCUCUCUCCCUUAGUCCUUUUCAUGUUAGGCAUCCUUUUUCAUCUCCUCAAAAUUCCGGCAAAUCUAUACAUACGCUUCAAUACCCAUGUCUUCUUCAGGCGUCAGCCACCUUUCUCAGCCUUGCAUUUAUGGGGACUUUGUUUCUUCAUACGCAGAGAGGAAGUCUCGGUUCAUGAAAUGGCUGAGUAAGCUUUUUAAGAGUGGGUCGAGUAGAGGGGUAACAACAAGUGGACAACAACCGCAGUUUCUGGGGGAGGAAAAUAUGUUUUGGCGUGCUCCACCUAGAUCAUUUGAUGAUCGCUCUAGAGCUCAGAAAGAGAAAGAGGAAGUAGACCGUGCAAUUGCUCUUUCUCUGGCUGAAGAUUUGAAGAGACAAAAUGGGUGCAGAUGGCGAGAUGACAAUGACGAAGAUCUUGCAAGGUCGCUUCAUGAUAGCCUCAAUAGACCGUCUUACCCUCCUUAUGCAACUAAUGGAUAUUAUCCCAGAGGAUAUAGAGUAUGUGGUGGCUGCAAUCGUGACAUUGGCUAUGGCAAUUACUUGGGAUGCAUGGGGACCUUUUUCCAUCCAGAGUGCUUUUGCUGUAGAGCCUGUGGUUUCCCCAUCACUGAGCAUGAGUUUUCUUUGACAGGAAGGGAUGCAUACCAUAAGUCCUGCUUCAAAGAGUUGAACCAUCCCAAAUGUGAAGUUUGCCACCAAUUUAUCCCAACAAAUGGAGCUGGUUUGAUCGAAUACAGAUGCCACCCCUUCUGGUCUCAGAAAUAUUGUCCUUCACAUGAGCAUGAUAACACAGCCCGGUGCUGUAGUUGUGAACGUUUGGAGUCUUGGAAAGCAAGAUACAUAUCUUUGGAAGAUGGACGGAGUUUAUGCUUAGAGUGCAUGGAAUAUGCCAUCAUGGAUACUGGUGACUGCCAACCGCUUUACCAUGCCAUUAGAGACUACUAUGAAGGAAUGAACAUGAGGCUGGAUCAACAAAUUCCAAUGCUUCUUGUGGAAAGACAAGCUCUUAAUGAAGCAAUUGUCGGGGAGAAAAAUGGCUUUUACCACAUGCCGGAAACAAGGGGCUUGUGCCUGUCUGAAGAGCAGACUGUUACCAGUAUACUUAGAAGGCCAAGAAUUGGGGGCCACCGACUCAUAGGAAUGAGAACACAACCACAGAAGCUGACUCGAAGAUCUGAAGUUACAGCUAUUCUUGUUCUGUAUGGCCUCCCAAGAUUACUAACUGGUGCUAUUCUUGCUCAUGAGUUAAUGCAUGGCUGGUUUCGUCUAAACGGCUAUCGUAAUCUCAAUCCUGUGGUAGAGGAAGGUAUAUGUCAAGUGCUUUCACACAUGUGGCUCGAGUCAGAGGUAAUGCCAGCUGGAUUCAGAAAUAUGCCAUCUGCAUCUGCAGCUUCAUCGUCGUCAUCAUCAUCAACAUCCAAGAAAGGUGUAAAGUCUGGCAUUGAGAAUAAACUGGGUGAGUUUUUCCUACAUCAGAUUUCUCAUGAUGCCUCUCCAGCAUAUGGAGGUGGAUUUAGGGCUGCUAUUGCAGCCGUAAACAAAUAUGGUUUACGUCCUACCCUGGACCACAUUGGUAUGACUGGAAAUUUUCCAAUGUAACAAGAUCAUGAUCUGUGAGGCCUCAUCGUUGCUGGAGAUGAAGUUUUGUCUGUUUCCCCCCUAUCAGAGAUCAUUGAAUAUCACCUCCUCAUGAGGAUUUAGUUGAUGAUGCAAGGUUUGGAUUAGCCCCACUUAGUUUUGUAGAGAUUUACAUGUGCAAAAAUGACUUGCAUUGUCAUAAUGAGGCAUACCUUUCAAUAUAAAUGUAAAAGAGAUCGCCUGUUCAAUAUUUGGUUUUGGUGGCAUUUUAUCGGCAUUUAGAGAAGCUAGCACAGAACUUGUAGAAACUUUUGGGAUAGGAAUGAAAUGUGCACUUAAAUCCCUAUGCCUGCCCUCUUUUGUCUGUGUUGAAAACAUUCUGUUG